AUGCCUUUCAACACAGCCUUAACGCGAAAGCUCGGUAUUCGAGUGCCCGUCGUGCAGGGUGGUAUGCAAUGGGUUGGAUACGCUGAGCUGGCCUCGGCUGUUAGCAACGCAGGCGGACUUGGACUUCUCACAGCCCUCACCCAACCAACCCCCGAAGACCUCCGCAAAGAAAUCCGCAAAUGUCGCACCAUGACCAAAUACCCCUUCGGAGUGAACCUGACCCUCCUCCCCUCCAUGGUUCCCCCCCGACUACGGCGCCUACGCUCAAGCCCCGUCAUCACCCAGCUGAAGAAGGCCGGCACCAUCAUCCUGCACAAGUGCACGACAAUCCGUCACGCCAAGGCCGCCGUCAAGCUCGGCGUGGACUUCCUUUCCAUCGACGGCUUCGAGUGUGCCGGCCACGUCGGUGAGCAUGACAUCACCAACUUCAUCCUUUUGAGCCGUGCGCGCCAGGAACUCGGCGUGCCGUUCAUCGCUUCGGGUGGAUUCGCCGAUGGCCAGGGUCUUGCUGCUGCCCUGGCGCUCGGUGCGGAGGGUAUCAACAUGGGUACUCGUUUUAUGAGCACUGUUGAAGCCCCCAUUCACCAGAAGGUUAAAGAGGCUAUCGUCGCGGCACAGGAGACUGAUACCGCGCUUGUGCUGCGUCGGUGGAAGAAUACCUCCCGUCUGUUCGCUAAUAAGGUGGCUAAGGAUGCAUUGAAGGUUGAGCAGGAGAGUAAGACUGGCGAGUUCAGCGAGGUUGGGCCCUAUGUUAGCGGCAAGCGGGGUCGUCAGGUCUUCAUUAAUGGUGACGUUGAUUUCGGCGUGUGGACUGCCGGUCAGGUUAUUGGCUUGAUUCACGACAUCCCGACUUGUGAGGUCCUGCUCACCCGGAUCGAGAAGGAGGCCCUAGAGGCGAUGAGCCGGACCAGGUCUUUGUUUAGCGAUGCUCCCUCUAGCAAGCUUUAA